UAGCACAGUCAUCUCGGGCCUCCCAAAAUUUGUUUAAUCAUCAAUCGAAUAUUAACUCUGAAACAACUCUUCCUGGAACAAAGAAGCUAGACGAUCAAAUCGCUGAGGCAGGAGAUUAUGGUCAAUCUGAGUUGCCUGCAGGUUCUGCUGAGCCACAGAGCUUUGUUGGAGAGGAGCAACCAUCAAAAGAUCAGCAGUUAUUGGCAGAGAACGGUGCCAGCUCACAUCCUGCAACUAUGCCCCGAAAGAUUGAUGCUUUUGGCCACACUUCGAGCCCAAAUAAUACUGUACAUCAAAAUCAUUCAUUGUUGCAUCAGGUGCAGUCUAUGAAAGAUAUAGAGAUUGAACCAAGUAAUAGGAGCGUCAAAAGAUUUAAAGGCCCAAGUCUAGACUCUGCUUUGGAUACUCAUCAGGUAAGUUCUGAAGGUGCAGAGCAGUUAUUGUAUGAAUACGAUAAUAUGAUGAAAGAUGCUCAGGUUAAUCAUCUGUCAGAUCCUUCUAAUGAUAUCAUGGCAUUCGCUCAGAAUGAUUCCCAGCAUUUCUCUAGUGCUGAUAAUUCUUCUGCUAAUCUCAAGGGCAAACUCUCUCAAAUAAGUCCCCAGAUGGCUCCAUCCUGGUUUGAUCGGUAUGGCACAUUCGAGAAUGAGCAAAUGCCCCCUCUAUAUGAUGCUCAAAAAAUUGCCAUGGUGAAGGUUGCAGAAAAGAUACACAGUGUUGGUAGGCCUUUUGAUGGUUCACUUGCUCUUCAUUCAAGUGAGCGGGUUAUUGCUGGUGCUGCUGAUGUUAGUCACCUGGAUAGGGCCUGUAAAAACUCAAAGCCCAUAUUGAGUGAACAUAUCUCCUCUCAAUCAUUGCUUCCUGAUAUCAGAAAUCAGGAUUUGGUUGUUGUGAAAGCAAGAAAGCGUAAAAGUACGGCGUUUGAGCUUCUACCAUGGCAUAGGGAAGUGACACAAGUUUCUAAAAAAUCUCAGAACAUCAGUUUGGCAGAGGUGGAAUGGGCGCAUGCAGCAAAUCGAUUGAUUGAGAAGGUUGAAGAUGAACCUGAAAUGAUUGAAGAUGGGAUUCCAGUGGUUAGAUCAAGAAGAAGGCUCAUCUUGACAAGGCAACUUAUGCAACAAGUACUUCGUGCUCCUCCAAGAGUAUUUCUUUCUGCAGAUGCUGACAAAAACUAUGAGACUGUGGCCUAUUUUGUUGCCAGAUCAGUCUUAGGAGAUGCAUGCAGCACAGCAUGUGUACCAGAAAGUGACACUGCUGUUCGUCCUGACAGUGAAAGCGCCUUCUCGGAAAAGCUCAAGGAGAAAAACCAGUCCACCUUAAAUGCGACAGAAGAUUUUAUCAGGAGAGCAAAAAAGCUUGAAAAUGAUUUACAGAGUCUGGAUAAGAGAGCCUCAAUCUUGGACCUAAGAUUGGAAUGCCAGGAUCUAGAGAAGAUUUCCGUCAUCAAUCAUUUCGCCAAGUUCCAUGGUCGUGGGCAAGCUGACGGGGCUGAAGUCUCACCGUCCUCCGACAUGAUUGCUAAUUCUCGCAAAUUCUUCUCCCAGAGAUACGUACUUGCUCUACCAAUGCCCCGGAAUCUCCCUGACAGAGUACAAUGUCUUUCCCUUUGAACAUUACUUGAAUGAUUUUUUACUUCCAAAUUUAAAAUCAAUGGUGGCUCUAAGAUCUUUCCAUCGGAGGCCAUUCGAGUCAGUUUCCGGAUGAAUAUAUAUAUAUAUAUAUAUAUAUAUAUAUAUAUAUAGAAGUUUUAAUUUUGAAUACUUGUCUGGAAAUGUUGAGAGAAAGUUUAGGGUAAAGCCCCAUGAUUUUUGGGUAAAUGGGGAACACUAAAGCUCAGUCUUGAGGUAAAAAAAAAAAGUAGUGUAUUUAUUAAACCUUUUGGAUGCUUUUCAUUCAUAAGUAAAGGGUUUAUGCAUUUCUCAUC